ACCACAUAAACCCACACAGCUCCAUGGACUUUUAUUAUAUGCCCGGCUCUGCCCCCUGCCGCUCUGUCAUCAUGACGGCCAAGGCUUUGGGAAUUGAGCUGAAUAAGAAGCUGUUGAAAACCAUGGAGGGCGAGCAGCUCAAGCCAGAGUUUAUUAAAAUCAAUCCACAGCACACAAUUCCCACUCUGGUGGACAAUGGGUUCUCGAUUUGGGAAUCGCGUGCCAUUAUUGUCUACUUGGCCGAGAAGUAUGGCAAGGAUGACUCGCUCUUUCCCAAGGAUCCCCAGCAGCAGGCUUUGGUCAAUCAACGCCUGUACUUCGACAUGGGCACGCUGUACAAGAGCUUCGCCGACUAUUACUAUCCACAGUUUCGGUUCAAGACACCCGCCGAUCCCGAAAAAUUUAAGGAAAUUGAAAAAGCAUUUGGCUUCCUCAACACCUUCUUGGAGGGGCAGCAGUACGUGGCUGGAGAUCAUCUGACUGUGGCUGAUAUUACCAUUUUGGCCACCGUUUCUACAUUUGAUGUGGCUGGUUUUGGUAUCAAGAAUUAUUCGAAUGUGGCCAAGUGGUACGAGAAUGCUAAAAAGGUGACUCCCGGCUGGGAUGAGAACCUAGCGGGCCUGGAGGAUCUGAAAAAACGCAUUGCAGACUUCAAAAAAGCCUAGGCUAACGUUUAUUUGUUGUGAUCAACAAAUAGUAUAUUUAUUUAAUUACAAUUUAGUAUACAGUGUUACUUUUAUUUUUAAUUAUUAUUCAUUCAAAUAUACAAGUACAUAUAUUCAAUUCUA